GUGUCGACUCGAGCCUCACCUCACGCGCGCUCUCUCUUACUCGCUCCGUCGCCGUUUCUCGCAACACACUUUCUCUGAAGUCUUGAAACUGUUCUCUCUAAUUUCUCUCUUUCAACCUAUCUUUGCGCCGCGCGUCAUGUGAAGCACGAUCGAAUCGUCCGCAACGACGUCGUUUCGUUUCAUGGUCGCGUCCUUCUUGUUGUUCUGCUGCUUCUCUCUCUGUGAAAGUCUUCUGAGUUUGUUUUUUCUCGGCUAUGAGUAGAGUAAUUCAUUCUGUGGCGUUCGAUUACGUGUUUCGCUUGUACAAUUUCUGUGUCUCGCAUGUAAGAAAUGUUUGAUUGGAACGACGAAGAGCUUGCUAACAUAGUAUGGGGUGAGGCUGGCGAGAGUGAUGAUCAUAUUGUGCCUUAUGAAGAGGCAAGCGAAGAUCUUCAUUCUGAGAAAAAAUGGAAUCAGGAAGCUUCUCCCAGUAAACUGAUUGAGCAGAAGAGGACCGAGACUAAAACUGACUUUUAUCAAGAAAAGUUGGGAAGCAGUUCCAAAUUUGAUAAUGUUGAGGGUCAAUCUGCGUCAGAAUCUGGCACAAACUCAUGGCCUGACUUGUCUUUAUCCAGUGCAGCUAAAACUGAUCAGGGUUCCUGGGGUGCUGAAGUAUCGAAAAAUUUAGGUGUGACAGAAGAGACUACGCAGUUAGAAAAGGACGUAGAAAAGCAAGGUGAAUUUGCCAACAUAGCGUGGGAUAACAUUGGAAGCUUUGAUGAUCUAGAUCGAAUUUUCAGCAAUGAUGACCCUAUAUUUGGCCAUGUAAGUCUUGAGAAUUCAGCUGAGUUGUGGUCUUCCAAAGACACUAGUAACUGUUCAGUACCCAUACAUUUGGAAGCACCGCACCAAGCAAAUGCUUUAAGGAACAGCUCCGAGCCUUUGGAAAUUAAAACAGAAUAUGUUCAACAGAAUGGUCGAUCAUUUUCCCCUUCAUUUAAGAGGAUUGGCGAUGCUUCAUCUCAUGACAUUCAAAAUGCUCCCGGAAAGACAUUCAAUGUAGGAUAUUCUAGAGAUAGAAUUACUCCUGCUGAAAAGGAGCAACAGGAAUUUGGGCAAAAGAAUAAUCAGUUGAAAGGUCGGAAAAAAUCACAAGGUAAAAAAGAUGGAAAAGCAUUGCAGGAGUUUUAUGGUAGCUGGUCUCCCUCAUCAACCGCAUCUGGAAAAUUUCAGAAUCAGCUGGGGUCUUCCGUCAUGCAGUCUUCCCCCGCUUCUAUUCUUGGGCAACAAAACCAGCUUCAAGGACCUGAGACAAUAUACCUGGACAUCACAAAUACAUAUAUAUCACCCCCUGCAUAUGGGAGCCUUACAAAUACAUAUUCUUCUAUUUCAGUGCAACCACCGGCCCAGUCAAGAGGAGUUCUUAUGCAACAGCCUUCCCUUACUGGGUAUGAAGCAUCUCUUGGUGUAAUGAAUCCUGUGAACAAGUCUGUGGGCUUAGGGAAGCCUCUCACUAUGACUCCCCAGGAAAAAAUUGAAAAAUUAAGGAGGCGGCAGCAAAUGCAGGCAAUGCUCGCUAUUCAGAAACAACAGAAAGAAUUUGGCCAUCAAGUUCUUAACUCUAAUAAAUCAAUUAAUAAAAGAAGUGCCAUAGAAAUGAAUAAUCAACAUUUUGAUGGAGCUGAUCUUGAGAUUGAAGAUUUAAGAACUCUUCCAACUCUAGAUCUACCAACUGAGCAAGAUGAUUGUAGUACAAUAUCUUCGGCAAUUGAUGAUCAUUUUGUUGAAGACACAAUUCUGUACAUGCUUCAGGAUGUGAUAUCAAAGUUAGAUGUCAAAAUAAGACUCUGCAUUAGAGAUAGCUUGUUCCGGUUGGCACAAAGUGCAUUGCUAAGGAAUUGUGCCAGUGAUACAAGCAGUACAAACAACAGUAGCAGAGAAGUAAUUUUAGCUGUUGCCAGAGAAGAAAGCAGUAGCCAAAACAGAUAUGGCAGGACUACUGAUGUUGAAACGAAGACAAAUCCCAUUGAUCGAACUGUGGCGCAUUUGCUCUUUCACAGGCCUUUGGAGUUAACUGAGAACCAUUCUGAUAAACUGGAGUCACCUAUUUCUGCGAAGAUACAAUUUGAAAGUCAAAAAGCUAACCUGGAGAACUUUCCAGUGGAAUGGUUGCCAAAUGAGGACUUAAAAGGUAAUCAACAAUUUUCUACACAAGGACUUGAGCAUCUGCCAGAGGAGCCAUUUAAAAACAGUCAUUGCAUAGACACUUCAGAGAAUGCUUGUGACAAUGAGGUAGUUGAUGCCGGAGAUCAGGUGCUUGAACCCUCUCAAUGAAGAAAUGGAUUCCCCAUAAAUCGGAGGUUGUAUGGAUCAUAAUCAAGGAAACCAAGGAAGCCUAUAAUCACAGAAUCUUGGAGAUCCGUUUCGCAUUUCCACGUUAUGAAUAAUAUUUAUGUUUCAUCUGUCAAAACCGUGAGAAUAUGUAUCUCAGCAUAUGAACUUAGCUUGGUGAGUGAGUGCUGACUUAUGUUAAUAAUGGCUGUGACAGAUUAUGCAGUAGUAAGAUCACUCAUGAGAAAGACUAAGUCAUAUUUAUGUACCUGGAAGUAAUGCCCCUCAUGCCAAAAAAUCAAGUCUUGGCCAGACUGGUUUGGACCAAGCUUAAAGUUCCUGCUAUUUUUCUCGUUUCA